AUGAAGGUUCCGGAGCUGGAGUUUGUGUUUGUUCUGCUGCUGGGUUCGGUUCUGGGUCUCUCCGCGGAUCAGGGCGGGAUGUCCGGACGCUCCGGCGGCUUCAGGCGCACCUUGAGGCGGCAGCAGGUCAGGCUGCCCCUCUACAUGAUGCUGCUCUACCGGACCAUGCGGAUCGUGGACCGGACCAGAACCCAGCCAGCCAGGGGGGAGCGCAUCCGAGGUCUCCACCACUCAGACUCCGUCAUCAACCUUGUUGCUAAAGGCUUUGAGCAGAUAGACCAGACGUGGUCCGUCACCUUUGACCUCUCCUCCAUAUCUGCUAGUGAUAACAUCCAACGUGCUGAGCUCCGGAUCCGCCUGCCUGCCUUCACCACGUCCUCCAGUUUGGACAUCUAUCACUCCAACCAGGACCAUUACGCUGAGAACAGGCUGCUCCUGGGGCGCCUCAGAGCCCACACCAGCUCAGUGGUCACAUCCUCUUCCUGGAAGGUGUUCGACGUGACGAAGAUGCUCCUCCGCUGGUUGCAGCAGGGAUCAAGAAAGCGGACAGAUGAGGCUAGAGUGAAGGAGACACAAGGCAGGAUCCAGCAGCCCACCCAUGACAGGGUAAUGAUGGUGGUCUUCUUGAAGCAGAGCCCCAGACAUAAAAAAGCAACGUUGAUUCGCACAGCACAGCACUCCAAGUACGUGGGCCGGGCGCAGGUGAAGCCCACCUCCAGGAUGGGGAGAAGCAGAGAGAAGAGACACCAAGAGAAACAAGGCCGUCUCUGCGGGAGGGUGGACAUGUGGGUGGACUUUAAGAAGCUCAACUGGAGCGACUGGAUCGUCUAUCCCAAACGGUUCAACGCGUAUCGCUGUGAGGGAAGCUGUUCCACACCGGUGGAUGAGACGUUCAGCCCCACCAACCAUGCCUACCUGCAGAGUCUGCUGACGUUUCACCACCUGGACAAGGUGCCGUGUCCAUCCUGUGCGCCCACACGCCUGGCACCGCUUCCCAUGUUGUACUUUGAGAAGGGGAAGGUGGUGGAGAGGCACCAUGAGGACAUGGUGGUAGAGGAGUGUGGCUGCCACUGA